AUGACCGAAACCUCAUCAAAUAAGGAGAAGGAAACAUUAACUCGGGUGAAAACUGAAGCAUUACCUUUUACUUGCCUCAUGUUAGCUGCAAUGGAGCCUGAAUUGCAAAAGAGGUUUUUGCAUUCUAAUGCUUAUACUAUCAUAACUGAACUGAAAACGCUGUAUCAGGAUCAGGCAAGGAUAGAGCGAUAUGAGACUCACAAGGCUAUACUUGAUAGCAAGCUUGUGAAGGGAAAACCAGUGAGUCCUCAUGUGAUUAGCCUGACUGGGCUUUUCAAGAGGAUGGAAAAUCUGGGGACCCCAUAUGACCAAGAGUUGGCCACUGAUAUUGUUCUUAGAUUCUUACAUGAUGGUUUUGCACCAUUUAGAAUGCAAUACCAUAUGAAUGGUCUAAAGCAUGAUCUGAAUGAGCUCCAUAACAUGCUUAAAAAUGCUGAAGGCAAUAUUAUUGAUGGAAGAAGGAAGUUCUAA